AUGGCUGUUAAGAAGCAUCCGUUGGUUCGAGAGAAUCAAGAAGAGGUGAAUUUGACUACACUUGUGGAGUAUAUUCAACCGAUUGUUGAUAAACCUGUGUUUCUGCCACCUCCAAAUGAGCUAAUUCAAAGUUGUGAAAAUGUUGUGCAGUGUCUAAGUCGUUUGACGGGCACAGAGCAGGAGCUUUGGAAAUGCCUACGAAGCAUUGAAAAGUUUCUUGUUUUUGUAAUAAGCAAUGUGGAUUGUAAAUUACGCAAUGAUAUUAUCACAACCAUUAUUGAUAAAUUCUAUUCCUAUAUUUCGGAUCCAAAUUCCAAUGCUUGCCCGGCCACGUCCGUGGUGUUGAUUGUGAUGGACGCACCCGAACCCAGAGCUACUUUGUCCUCAGCGCGAUGGGUUAUUCAACAGAGUAAAAAAAGCCCGUCGGAUGACGGUCUACGGUCGGCGCUCUCGUGUCUAUUUCGCUGGCUUUCAGAGUCGUAUACUUUACCUUAUCUAAGCAACUGGAUACUAUGCUUUAUUAAGGUCCUAGAGGAAAAUGAAAUGUAUGAUAUUCUUAUUGAGGAGUCCGUGAAGAAUAUAGGUAAUCUCUUUUCUGUGCUGAUAAGUCCAGCUACUCGGAAACAACCCGUUGCUGAUGUAAUACUACAUUUAUUGAUAUCGUUGCGGGAGUCGCCUGAAGCCUUUGACCAGAUAUCCAAGCAUAUAGGUGAAAUCCUAGAGUCUCUAGCUGCUGAUAGCAGGCAAUGGAGCAGGCAACUAUUGGGAAGCCUAGUUGAUAUUCUGACUUCUAUGAUCAAUUAUAAUAUGCAGUCAUUGAAGGGCGUCCAGCUUUAUAUGUUCCGGGACAAAUACAGCUAUGUAAUCAAGCAUCUGGAACGUCAUAUGGUAACAAACGAUUCUACGGUAAUAAUGGAUCCUAUAUGGAAGUCGCGAAAAACUGGCCAACCAGCCAAGGUAGAUAUUGUUACCAGUCCUAAAGUUGGUCUACAAAAUCUUGGCAAUACUUGCUACAUCAACAGUGUAAUGCAAGCUCUUUUUUUGAUACACCAGUUUAGUAAUUAUGCGGUGCUCAAAAUGUAUGAAAAACCCUAUUGGGCCAAAAUGUCGGCACUAUUUGUGACCAUGAUGCAUACAGUUGCUCCAUGUAUCAAACCAACAACGUUUGUGUCGGUCGCCAAACCGGACUUUUUUGUGCCGAAGCAACAACACGAUUGCUUUGAGUUCCUGGGGUACUUGUUCGAGUUGUUAAAAUCAUAUGAGAAUAGUACAGUAACCGAUGCUGACUUUGCCUACAAUACACCAGUCGUGCUAAAUUCUAGCCGAACGAGCGUGACUGAUGGCAAGUCGGGCCAUGGCAAGAGUAACGAGCCAAAAGUUUCCGAAAAGCCAUGCACGUCGUCACAAACUCCAGAAUCCAGUAACGCGGCUGGUCCGUGCAGUCUAAAACGUCACACUGGUGCCGAAAGCAAUAUUACCACAAAACGGCGACGUUUUAACGACUCGUUCAUUAACAGUGUAUUCGCUGGAGUAUUCCUCACUCGUAUAACGUGCAUACAUUGUGGCUCUUCUUCACGCUCUAGAGAUGUUUGCCGUGAUCUACAAUUGGCGUUCCCAGAGAAAUCCGGUGGCAACCAGUACACUAUUCAAGGGCUGAUCGACUUUUAUUUCUCUAAUGAAAUAUUAACGGGCGAGAAUAAGUACCAAUGCCAUGAGUGUAAUAUUUUGCGUGAUGCAGAAAAAUGUGUCACUAUUGAAUCUACCCCGAAAAUACUGAUAAUUAUUUUAAAAACGUUCAAGUACGAUACAAAACUACGCGUUCAGACCAAAUUAAUGCACUCCGUAAUGUACAAUACAUCUGUCACAUUGCCCACUCUGCGUUCCCAGACGGAUAAAAACAUAUACAAUUUGUUCGCUGCUGUUAUUCACGCCGGCACCACCAUGAAUGCUGGGCAUUAUUACACAUUGGGAAAGGAUAAUAACGAUUGGUAUAUAUUUGACGAUUCCAGAGUGAAAGCAACAGACGAGACUGGUAUUAACAGGCUCGACCGUUCACACACACCGUACAUGCUUUUUUAUCGGAGGAAUGAUGUUGUUGAAGGCUCAAUUGCAGCUUUCGCAACUCUGCCUAAACAGAUGCAAAAAACGGUGAUGUCAUACAACAAGGCCCAUUUAGAACUCCGUAAAACAACCAAAACUCGUCCAUGA